CCAACACUACUUGUGAAUCGGACAAACCCACAUGGUAGUAGAUCGGGUCGGGUCAAUCCGGAGAAAUCCAACCGUCCAUUCCGUUUCGCAUCUAUCAUCAUCUCUUUGUCUUCCACAACCGCCUUUCAUAUUCCGGCCACCGGUCUUCUCUCUUCGUUUUCCCUCCGGCCGGUUCUUCUCCUUCGAUCUCUCACCAAUCCCCUUCCUAGGGUUUCCUUCGCACCAUGACUCUUUCCGACGACGAGGACGAGAAUCUCGCUCAAUUUCUUGAAUCAGAAGUCCUCUCCGAGGUAUCUGACAAGGAAGAGGAAAAUGUGGAGGAACCCAAAGCGAAGAAAAAGCGCGUAGAGGAGGUUGAGAGUACCAAGCUAAAACAAAGUUCUGAUUCAGCACCUGUGCCGAAGGACAAUGUUGUCAAUAAUGGGGUGGUGCCGAGAAGGAUUGAGACUGGUUCUUUCAGCAAAAUUCCACCGGAGCUUUUCCAUCAUAUCCUUAAAUUUCUGUCCUCCGAGGACCUUGUUUCUUGUUCGUUAGUCUGUAGGUUUCUGAAUUAUGCUGCAUCUGAUGAGGCAUUGUGGCGACGCCUGUACUGCAUGCGAUGGGGCCUUCUCCCCCCUACAAGAAAGCUAAGGGAAUGCCCAUGGAAAAAGUUAUACAUUCAGCGUGAUGAAGAGGACAUGGUCCAACUUGUUAGAAGCUGCCAAAAUGAGUUUAAGGAGUACUACAUUCAAAUGCAAGCAGCUAAGCGAAGUCAAGCACCUCUUCCUUCACAGUUGAAGGACGAUAGGAUAAUUCUUGACAAAACAUUGGCUGAUCAAGUGUCAUCAUGGAAAAGCAGCAGGGGCCUAAAUGAUACAGUGGUGGCUGGUCAUGCUUGUUCUGGGUUUACAUGCUCUUUCUACCAAAUUGGAGAUGUAUUUAUUUGUGAGAAGACUGGUCAAGUUCAUGUUUGCGAUGAUACAUGUAGAGAAGUAGUGUUGGAUCCUACAAACUCGCUUUUGGUCUGUACAAUAUCGGGGCACUGUUUUGAUAGAUUGGUGUCCCAGUCAGAACUGGAGCCUGAUGCUGAGCAGCAGCAAGGUGGUGGGAUUGAUGAGGCAGACGCAGAACCAUUUAUGGGAUCUGGGCGUUUUGCACGAGCUUAUUUACUGGGAUACAAUUGUGCUGAUGAAAAGGAGCUUGAAGCUACUUUGAGGUUUUGCUAAUCCCCACUUCGAGCUCUUCUGGGGUGGAUAAUCCCAGGUCUCACCAUUUACGGAUUUACCUAUUUACUAUUUAGUAGUUAACAUUAAAUAUAUUGCAGUUUCUCUUGGCAGAGGAAUAUUUGUUUAGUCUCAGUUAUAGAACUUUGCAUUUGUCUUCCUGUCUGUUAUAUUUAUAGUUGUAUGCUUUAAUGUAUAGUCGAAUUUCUGUAGAGAAAAAUAUCUUUUCUCGUUACUACAUUGUUGGUUCUUUAUGUUCCAAAAGUCAUAAUUAGUGUGACAUUUUUCGAUCGGUGAGGUAUUCACCAAAAUAAUUCUCAAAAUUAA